AUGGACAACACAAGAAAGAAAGUAAGAUGUUUGUUUGUUUGUUUGGCCAAAUUUUCCCCUCUUUACUUUCUUUUACUUGGCUAACUUUCUCUUCAGGUUUCUAAAUGUAAAAAAUUCUUCCUACCUGAAAAAAUUUUGUAACAUUUGCAAAAUGUGUCUUAGUAAAACAAUUUAAAAGAAAUGUGCCUUUGCAUAAUCGAAUAUUAAACAUGCAUGUAUAAAAAGCUCGUUAGCAAGUACAAUGUUUUUUGCAAAUUUUAAAAGGUUAAAAAGAAGUUUUGUUGA